AUGACGGAUUUGAUGGGGAGAUUUCGGCACAUAUCGAAGGAACAGAGAAGAAGAUACCCUCCCAACAUUAUAAGGAACCAGAAGUACAAGUGGUAUACGUUUAUAUUUGCGGUUCUUAGGCUGCAGUUCAGCCACUUCUUCAAUACAUUUCUUUUUUUUGUGUGCAUGACGCAGUUGAAGAAAGAGUAUCUUGUGUCCUCUCUUGUGGCUUCUGUCGGGCCCUGGGCGAUGGUUCUCAUGUUUUCACUUUUCAAAGAGGGAGUGGAGGACUACAAGAGGUAUGAGAGAGACAAGGUUACUAACAAUCAGUUGUACGCAAAGCUCACAAGCCAGGGGUUUGUCCGGGUGCCCAGCUCUCGGAUAGAAGUUGGAGAUCUGAUCCUUCUGGAGAAGAAUGAGCGUGUUCCUGCAGAUAUGGUUCUCUUGAAGGCUUCAGACGUGUCUGGAAAUGUGUUUGUAAGAACAGACCAGCUGGAUGGAGAGACGGACUGGAAGUUGAAGUUGUCGAUUCCAAGGAUACAGUCAGCAACAUUUGACGAGGUUCGGAGAUUGAGUAUACUUGCAGAGCAACCAAACAAAAACAUAUACUCAUUUGUAGGGAAGAUUAAGAUAGGAAGAUUUUCACCGGAAGAGCUUGAGGAAGUUGAAGAAGAAGAUGGAGAGAAAGAAAGGUUUGCAAGCUGGCUGGAAAGGUUUUUAGAGUUUGACUUUGGUAGAGAGGAGUCGGAAGCUGACGAGAUGGAGAAGCCUAGAGACGUCUCUUGGGUCUAUUCCUCGUCUACCCAGAGCAGUGAGGAGAAUGGGUCUCGAGAGAACAGUCUGAAGACCCCUAGCGAGGUAAGUGAGAAUUCUGUCUCUUCGGAGACGGCAGAAGGCCUUGAAGUGGGAAACGAAAGCAACAUAGGAAGCGAAGCAGGGGACAUUGAUGCAAGUUUGAGAGACCAAGAGGGAGGAGAGAACAUUGCUGAGGUGCUUAACUGCGAGAAUAUGCUAUGGAUGAAUACAGUUGUUGCAACAUGCUCAGUUCUUGGGUGUGUUGUAUACACGGGAAAGGAUGCAAAAGCAAUGCUCAACACCACUCAGCCAAGAAAUAAGAUAGGAAAAAUAGAACUGGAGUUGAACGGAUAUAUGAAGGUGCUAGGGAUUGGAUGCAUGGUGCUUGCGGGAGUGUUUACAUACAUGCGGGGGCUUGAAUCAAGACCCGACAUUAUAUUUAUCCGGUUUCUUGUGCUGUUUUCGUCGGUGAUACCUAUUUCUUUGAGGAUCACAGUGGAUUGGGCGAGAUACUGCUAUGGGCGAUACAUAAGCAGGGAUGAGAAGAUAGAAGGAGCAAUGAUGCGAUCAAAUGGACUGCCUGAGGAGCUUGGGAGAGUGUCGUACUUCCUUACAGACAAGACAGGGACACUGACCAAGAAUGAGAUGGAAAUGAAGAAAAUACAUCUUGGGACGAUAUGUUACACAAAGGAGCUAAACAGGGAGAUCAGUAAGAAUCUGGCCAAGGUGCUUAACAGCAGAAGCGAUGGAAAAAAGGUGUUUUCCAGAGGUAAGAAGAACAUCAACGCAAGGGUAUACGACCUGGUCCAAGCACUUAGUGUUUGCCAUAAUGUUACACCUGUUGUUUCUGAGAACGAGGUAAGCUAUCAAGCGUCAAGCCCCGAUGAGGUUGCAAUUGUCCAGUGGACAGAGUGUGUGGGAAUGAAGCUAUAUAAAAGGGAUCGGUCGACGAUAGUUAUAAGAGACCCUCUGAAUGAUGAACAAGAGUACCGGGUGCUCUAUACUUUUCCAUUCACCAGCGAGACAAAGAGAAUGGGGAUUAUUGUAAGGUACAACGAGGAGAUAAUAUUCUUUUUGAAGGGGGCUGAUGUGGUGAUGAAAAAGAUAGUAAAAGGCAACGAUUGGGUUGAGGAAGAGGCAGAUAACAUGGCCCGGGAUGGGUUAAGAACACUUGUCAUAGCAAAGAAGGUUCUCAGCAAGAAGGAGUUUGAGACCUUUGAGGAAAUGUACAACAAAGCGUGGAUGAGUCUAGUCGAUAGGGCUGAGGCAAUAAACAAAGCAAUGGAAACCAUUGAGAACGACAUGAGUGUUCUUGGGAUAACAGGGGUUGAAGACAAGCUUCAGGAAGAUGUUAAGGUUACACUCGAGAAUCUAAGGAAUGCAGAAAUGAAGAUUUGGAUGCUUACAGGAGACAAGAUAGAGACAGCCAUUUCUAUUGCAAGGUCCUCGCGGAUCUUCCAUAGAGGAACCUCAUACCUGGUGAUCAGCAAUGCAAGUUCUGUGGGAGAUGUUAAGACAAAGCUUGACCUGCUCCGCGGCUCUGGAUACAACUCCCUAGUUAUCGACGGCCAAAGCUUGUCGUUUGUAAUUGAGAGCUGCAUGGACGAAUUUAUUGAGGUUGUCUCGGGGUUAGAAUCUGUGGUAGGGUGUCGGUACACUCCCACACAGAAGGCGGCAGUUGCAAGAGAAUUGAAGAGAAAGACCAAGAAAUGUGUGUGCUGCAUCGGAGAUGGAGGGAACGACGUCUCGAUGAUAACGGAAGCAAAUGUGGGAAUAGGAAUAGUGGGGAAGGAGGGAAACCAAGCAUCGCUGGCUGCAGACUUCAGUAUAAAUAAGUUUUGCCAUGUGUCGGACCUUCUCUUCUGGCACGGGAGAAAUUCGUAUCAAAGAACAGCAAAGAUAGCCCAUCUGAUAAUUCACAGAGGGCUUACCCUUACUGUGAUUCAGGCAAUUUUCUGCUCUCUCAUCUACUUUGUCCCGGUGGGUCUUUUCCGAGGAGAGCUUCUUAUGAUGUUUAUAACAGUCUACACCUUUCUUCCAAUAUUUUCCAUCAUAUGCUCAAGCGAUAUAAGCAGAAGCGUUGUCGUCAAGUUUCCAGAGCUCUACAAGGAACUGGUGGAGAACAAGCUCCUGUCGUUUAGACAUUUUUCGGUAUGGAUCCUGAUAUCAUUUUACCAGGGAACAAUCAUGAUGAUAACAUUCUAUCUUCUGAAACAAGAGUUCUUUAUUAUUUCGACACUGACCUUCACAAGCCUAAUAAUCAACGAGCUUCUGAUGGUGAUACUAACAACCACUCGGAUGACGUCCUUGGUGUUUAUAUCUUCUGGGAUGUCACUUGCCAUCUAUGUCGUUUACUUUAUCCUUAGAAAAGGUCUUCUAAGAUACCAGAAGCCUUUUUAUCUCUUUCUGUUGAAGAUUGUGGUUGUAAACGCUCUUGCAAUACUGGUCAGUGUAAUCCAGAAGCUCUGGACCAAGUAUAUGAGCCCUCCAACCUACUCAAAACUAGAGGUUUUGGUAUGA